AUGUAUGUAGGUGAACCUGUGGAUCUGACAACAGACUCAGAAUACAAAGGUCGUGUGCAGUCCAGUUGUUCUAAUAACAUCUGCACUCUGAGAAUCUCAGACCUCAGAAAGAGCGACGCAGAUGUGUACAAGUUCAGGUUCUUUACAAACCAACCAGGUGGGAAAUACACUGGUUCACCUGGAGUCACUUUGACUGUCACAGGUGUCUAUGGUAAAAACUGCAACAGACUGACUUACACUGACAAAAGAAUCUGUGCCUCCAAAGGCUCUUCAGUGAAAAUAUCUUGCACGUACAACAAGUACAAUUAUGGUGAUGCAUCAACAUUCUGGUUCAGGAAGAGUCCAUUACAACCUGAGAACCUUGUGGUAAACUCUCAGUAUGCAGGUCGUGCUGAGGUUGAAACAGUGAGAGGACGCUCCACUCUGACAAUCUCUGAGCUGACAGAGAGCGAUUCAGCCGAGUAUCACUUCAUAUUCAAAACACCAAGCUCUGAAUGGAGCAGUUCACCUGGUACAACUCUGACUGUCACAGAGCUCCAGGUGCAGGUGAUCAGAGUCUAUCAGUCCUUUACAGACCUGAAGUGUCACAGCAGCUGCAGUCCAGCUGGUCGUUCUUCCUUCAUCUGGUUCAAGAAUGGAGAGAAAUUCAGAGAGGGAGAGACAAUUUCUUAUAGUGGCUGGUUUAAUUCCAGAGACGACGUCUCUUGUGCUUUGAAAGGACACGAGGAGUUCCCCUCUCCUCCAGUGUAUGCUCCAAGACUUCCCUCUGUGUCAGUGAGUCCCUCUGCUGAGAUAGUGGAGGGCAGUUCAGUGACUCUGACCUGCAGCAGUGAUGCUAACCCAGCAGCUAACAUUACCUGGUACAAGGAGAAUGAAGACUCAGCAAAAGCAUCAGGACAGAUCUUCACCAUCACUGACUUCAGAGCUGAACACAGUGGGAAUUAUUACUGUGAAGCCCAGAACAGCAGAGGACGCCAUAACUCCACUUUACAUCUGACUGUUGCAGCAGUUGCAGGUUGGAUGAAAUCAGUCGCUGCAGGAUCACUCACUGCUAUUUUUCUGGCGCUCAUAUUCCUCGCUGUCUUCCUACUGAUCAGACGAAAGCGGUCACAACAAACCACCAAUCAGAGAGAGAGACCAGACAAUAAAGCUCAGUUGGACGAUUAUCCUGUGUACGAGAACAGGCCAAACGCUGCAGCACAGAGAGAGGACACAGAGGAGCAGGAAGACCUGGUGUGAAGAUGCAGCCAAACCAGAUGGAGACUCGCCUGAAGUGAACUAAUUUACCUUCAACUGCAAAAGUUUUAAUCGUCAGUUUUUUAGUAAGAUAGAAGAAGAUCUGAGCAGAAUUUAAGCCUUAUUUUAUACUCGUGCAGCGACAUUACAUAUGCUCAGGAUUGAACUUUGUAUGCAGAAUGUUAUUUUAGAUUUUAAUGCUAUUAUUUAUUACAGUAUCAUAUGACACCUGCAGAGAAAACAGACAUGCAAGCAAAUUAUUUAACAGCAUGUACAGUAUUAUUUGUACAAUAUAGUAUAUAUUAACGCUUCAAAGAAAAUAACUAAAGUAACGGUCACAGUUUGCUCAUUAGAACAUUUUCUCAGUAUUUUAAUGGCUGGUUGAAAUAAACAUCCAGCUUCAACAACAACUCUGCAGUCUGAACAUCAUGUCAUUUCUCUCUCACUGCUGCAGAGGGCCACAGUGUGCAGAAAGUUUUCCAUAAUAUAUAUAUAUAUAAUAUUUUUUGACUUGAGCUUUUAAAUGUUUCUUAUUAUUCAGAAUUUUAAAAAAUGUGUUUCUCAGCUGUGAAUGUGAAUUCAAUUGAAAUA